AGCUGGGCCUGUCUCUGGUCCGUGCUUCCAAGAUGACAAAGAAAAGAAGGAGCAACGGUCAUGCCAAAAAGGGCCGCAGCCACGUGCAGCCUAUUCGCUGCACUAACUGUGCCCGAUGCGUGCCCAAGGACAAGGCCAUUAAAAAAUUCGUCAUUCGAAACAUAGUGGAGGCUGCAGCAGUCAGGGACAUUUCUGAAGCGAGCGUCUUCGAUGCCUAUGUGCUUCCCAAGCUGUAUGUGAAGCUACAUUACUGUGUGAGUUGUGCAAUUCACAGCAAAGCAGUCAGGAAUCGAUCUCGUGAAGCCCGAAAGGACCGAACACCCCCACCCCGAUUUAGACCUGCGGGUGCUGCCCCACGUCCCCCACCAAAGCCCAUGUAAGGAGCUGAGUUCUUAAAGACUGAAGACAGACUAUUCUCUGGAGAAAAAUAAAAUGGAAAUUGUACUUAAAAAAAAAAAAUUAGCCGGGCCUGGUGG